AUGAAGUACUCCGCCGCCGUCGCCGCCCUUGCCGGCACCGCCCUCGCUGCCAGGCGUGCCACCCGGGAUAUCAUUCACCCCCAGCACGUGUCCGCCCCCAACAUGAGGAACACCAGCUACCCGCAGUACUCGUCCAACUGGUCCGGCUCUGUGCAGAUCGGCAAGGGCUUCAACAAGGUCCAGGGCACCAUCGUCGCCCCGCGGGCCACCGGCGGCGGCAGCGCUGCCGCGUCCGCCUGGGUCGGCAUCGACGGCGACACCUGCAGCACCGCCAUCCUGCAGACGGGCAUCUCCUUCUACGGCGACGGCUCGUACGACGCCUGGUACGAGUGGAUCCCGGACUACUCGCACUCCUUCUCCAACUUCGAGAUCAGCGAGGGUGACUCCAUCUACAUGGAGGUCGACGCCUCCUCCAAGACGGCCGGCGUCGCCACGCUUGAGAACCUGACCACCGGCCAGAAGGUCACCCACUCCUUCAGCAGCCCCCCUUCUACUCUCUGCGAGACCAACGCCGAGUGGAUCGUGGAGGACUUUGAGUCUGGCGGCAGCCUCAUCCCCUUUGCCGACUUUGGCACGGUCACCUUCACGGACGCCUCUGCCUCCGGCUCGGCUGGUACCGUCACUCCCAAUGGCGGCACUAUCAUUGAUAUCAAGGAUUCUGACGGAAAUGUCCUCACUAACUGCGCCACCUCUGGUAACGAUCUCACUUGCACAUACACUGGUUAA